AUGGAGAAUAUUAUAUGUAUGUACAUUGACAAAGGUCACAUUAUAUGUAUGGGUGACUACAAUGCUGAACUUGAAUCAGAACAUGGAAUAUUUUCACUAAUUGACUCAAGAAGUGGGAACAAGAAGAAGACGGACCCAAAUAACUACAGGGCAAUCACAUUGUGUUCUAUACUUCUCAAACUAUAUGAAAAUGUUGUUCUCCUGCUCCUAAAUAGUGACGAUAAACUUCACCUUAAUCCUUCACAAGGGGGUUUCCAGCGUAACGUUAGCUGUGUGAUGACGUCACUAAUGCUGCGUGAAAAUAUUGGUUUUGCUGCAGAGAACCACUCUACACUAUAUGCUUGUUUUCUGGACGCUAAACAGGCAUUUGAUCGCUUUUGGAUUGAUCUUCUCAUGUUAACAAUUGUAUAA